AUGCCAGAUCCCACUAUAGAAAAACAAAUGACUGCUUAUAUCACUCUUCUCUCUGAACAAAAAAUCGAAGACUUAGAAGAAGCACUCAAUAAGUUCCAGCAAACCGAAAAAAUCGUGAAAAAUAUUUACUACUCAUUAGGAGAUGCACUAGAAGAAUAUAAUUCAGUCAAAAAAAUGUGGUGCUAUAAUUAUAUUACGACACUAAGGUCGUUAGCAAAAAGAAAAAUUGAUGAAGCCAUUUCAGAAAUUCUGAUGCACGCUGAUGAGCAUUUAUUAAAACCUCCAGAGCCUGUUUCGUCAACACUUACAGCAACUUCGAAACAUAUGAAAGGAGCACUAGAUCCAGUACAAGUAAAAGAAACUUAUAUAAAAUCACAAAGGGAAGAGAUUAGAGUAGGACUGUGGCUGAAUUAUCAAAAUACUGGGCAUAAGUUUAAACCGAUAGAUUUUGAUGAGCUUACUAUGUAUGCAGAUAUGCCUAGACAGUACGCUGAUGACCCAUGUGUGAUGAGAGCGAUGUGGACAAAUUCUAACUUAAUUUCAACUAUGAUUGAAACCCCAGAGCUUGUAGUUGGAGGUGUCUAUGAAGUGCAUAUAUACAGGUUCCCAGAAUUGCCUAAAAAUGUAAGAGAAUGGAGACUGAGACCUGUAAAAACUCUAGAAAAUAUGCUAGUUCAAAGACCAUACCCACCAAGCGACUUGAUUUCAGGGAUGUCACUCUCCAACAUUAACCCAUUAAAAAUGAUGUAUCAGCUUCCUAGUAAUGUCUACUUGCCAGAUCCUAAUGGCUACAAAGUCUGUUGGUGGGAUUCUACUACAUUAAGCUGGAGCAACAAUGAAAUAUCUGAUCUGAAUUUUGAUGCUGUCUCAAAAACCAUUGCAUUUAAAAUAAAAAAACUCGCACCUUUAGCCGUUGUGAUCCCUAGAAUCACUGAUUACCCUUAUUCCUAUUUCUAUUUAAGAGCAGUUUCUGAUGACCAAGUUUUGCUUGACAUCACUGGAAAAAGGAUGCCGUUUUCAUUUAUUAUUACGCCUGGAAACUUAGAGUUCGUAAACACUCAAAAUAUCAUUGAGCUUAGGUACUUAGAAGGGGUAAAAAUGCCGCCUGGAGCGUUAUUGUUUGAGCUUUCUACAUGUGGAGUUCAUUUAAUACCUGAACCCAGAGAUUGUGAAGCUUCAGGGAUAAAAAAUAAAAGCCUUGAUGCAGAAGAGCUGGCUAUUAUGGAUUUAUCGAUGAAUAUAGCUUAUAUCCCUUUAUAGAUUUCUUUAUCGAGCAAAAUGUACUGGAUUAUUGAACGACCAAGAGAGACUCUAUUAAAGGAACGGGCUGGAUAUCUAUAUCAGGAAGUGCUAAAAAGUGACAUGUCAAAAAAUGAUGACAAGUCUGAAAAAAGUUGACAAGUAAACGCGCCAAUUUUUAAAAUGGAUUUAUUAUUAAAAUAAUUUAAAACUUAAGAUACUCAAUUAUAUAGAAGAUAUAAUUACACAUUAUAUAUUGGCUUUAAAUAUUUGAUUUAUAUAUAUUUAAAUUUAAUAAUAGCUGUGAAAAUCAAAAACUUGCAACUCAAUGUGCAUUUUUUCCGGCUCGAUAGAAUUUCUUUAUUUUAUGCUAAUUUAUUUAUGAAGACUAGAGCUAUAAUUUGCAAAGUGCAUGGCUUGUGUAUCUCAAUAUAUAAGAAGUUCUUAUCGACUCAUAUGAGAAGUAAUUAGCAAAAAUCAAUAUGGCUUAUACGUGAAAAUCAAAAAUUUGCAACUCAAUGUGCAUUUUUCCGGCUCGAUAGACUUUCUUUAUUUUAUGCUAAUUUAUUUAUGAAGACUAGAGCUAUAAUUUGCAAAGUGCGUGGCUUGUGUAUCUCAAUAUAUGCAAAGUUCUUAUCGACUCAUAUGAGAAGUAUUUAGCAAAAAUCAAUAUGGCUCGUAAGUGAAAAUCAAAAAUUUGCAACUCAAUGUGCAUUUUUCCGGCUCGAUAGAAUUCUUUAUUUUAUGCUAAUUUUUAUUUAUGAAGUCUAGAUCUAUAAUUUGCAAAGUGCGUGGCUUGCGAUUCUCAAUAUACAAGAAGUUCUUAUCGACUCAUAUGAGAAGUACUUACUACUCCCCCCCCCUCCGUGAGCGAAACAAAACCAUUAGAAAAAUCGCCAUUUUUUGAUCAAAAACCCACCCUCCGUGAGUGAACAAAAAUUUUUUUAAUAGAAAAAAUUUUAAUGGAAAAAAAUUUUGAUAUAUAAGUGAUAAUUAGUAUAAUGAAAUCUAGAGCUAAUUCUGUUUAAUUUUAAACAAAUUGCGUUUUAAAAACAUAAAAUUUUGCAAAUUGAAUUAAUAUUUGCUUCCCAAUUUUUGCAAAUUAGGAUUUUUUUAAAUUUCGAAAAAAAUAUUUUUUAUAAAAUUUAUAUAUAUAUUUUUUUUAAAAAAAAAAAUUAACCCCCCUCCGUGAGCGAACAAAAUUUUUUUGUUCGCUCACGGAGGGGGGGGGGGAGUUAGCAAAAAAUUUAAUAUGGCUUAUAAGUGAAAAUCUAAAACUUGCAACUCAAUAUGUGCAUUUUUCCGGCUCGAUAGAAUUUUUUUAUUUUAUGCUAAUUUAUUUAUGAAGACUAGAUCUAUAAUUUGCAAAGUGCGUGGCUUGCGAUUCUCAAUAUAUAAGAAGUUCUAUCGACUCAUAUGAGAAGUACUUAGCAAAAAUCAAUAUGGCUUAUAAGUGAAAAUCAAAAAUCUGCAACUCGAUGUGCAUUUUUCCGGUUCGAUGGAAUAUCUUUAUUUUAUGCUAAUUUAUUUAUGAAGACAAGAGCUAUAAUUUGCAAAGUGCGUGGCUUGUGAUUAUCAAUAUAUAAGAAGUUCUUAUCGACUCAUAUGAGAAGUACUUACUCCCCCCCCCCCCCUCCGUGAGCGAACAAAACCAUUAGAAAAAUCGCCAUUUUUUGACCAAAAAACCCACCCUCCGUGAGUGAACAAAAAUUUUUUUAAUAGAAAAAAUUUUAAUGGAAAAAAAUUUUGAUAUAUAAGUGAUAAUUAGUAUAAUGAAAUCUAGAGCUAAUUCUGUUUAAUUUUAAACAAAUUGCGUUUUAAAACAUAAAUUUUGCAAAUUAAAUUAAUAUUUGCUUCCCAAUUUUUGCAAAUUAGGAUUUUUUUAAAUUUCGAAAAAAAUAUUUUUUAUAAAAUUUAUAUAUAAAUUGUUUUUAAAAAAAAAAAUUAACCCCCCUCCGUGAGCGAACAAAAUUUUUUUUGUUCGCUCACGGAGGGGGUGGGGGGAGUUAGCAAAAUUUAAAUAUGGCUUAUAAGUGAAAAUCAAAAACUUUCAACUCAAUGUGCAUUUUUCCGGCUCGAUAGAAUUUCUUUAUUUUAUGCUAAUUUAUUUAUGAAGACUAAAACUAUAAUUUGCGAAGUGCGUGUCUUGUGAUUUUAAAUAUAUGCAAAGUUCUUAUCGACUCAUAUGAGAAAUACUUACUUCCCUCCCCCCCCCCCCUCCGUGAGCGAACAAAAAAAUUUUGUUCGCUCACGGAGGGGGGUUAAUUUUUUUUUUUUAAAAAAAAUUUAUAUAUAAAUUUUAUAAAAAUAUUUUUUUCGAAAUUUAAAAAAAUCCUAAUUUGCAAAAAUUGGGAAGCAAAUAUUAAUUUAAUUGCAAAAUUUAUGUUUUAAAACGCAAUUUGUUUAAAAUUAAACAGAAUUAGCUCUAGAUUUCAUUAUACUAAUUAUCACUUAUAUAUCAAAAUUUUUUUCCAUUAAAAUUUUUUCUAUUAAAAAAUUUUUGUUCACUCACGGAGGGUGGGUUUUUGGUCAAAAAAUGGCGAUUUUUCUAAUGGUUUUGUUCGCUCACGGAGGGGGGGGGGGGGAGUUAGCAUAAUUAAAUAUUGAUUAAAAUUAAAAUAUCUUAAGUUUUAAAUUAUUUUAAUAAUAAAUCCAUUUUAAAAAUUGGCGCGUUUACUUGUCAACUUUUUUCAGACUUGUCACCAUUUUUUGGCAUGUCACUUUUUAGCACUUCCUGAUAUAGAUAUCAAGCCCGUUCCUUUAAUAGAGUCUCUCUUGGUCGUUCAAUAAUCCAGUACAUUUUGCUCGAUAAAGAAAUCUAUAAAGGGGUAUGGGCUAUAUAAGGACCUUUGCUUUUAGAAGCUCAAAGUGGAAUAAAGAUGCAAGUGAAGAAAUGGUGCUGGUAAGGGUGAGAGAAAACUUGGAAUAUGACAGUUUCUUUGCAGAAGAUGAAGAGCAUGAUUGGAGAACUGUGGCUUGGCAUGCUAAUAAGUGCCACUUUGUUAAUGCGAGAGAAAAUGCCAGUGAAAUGAAUUUGAAUAUCCCUCAAGGGCAUGAAACGCACUUUAUGCUGCAAAUUGCGAUGAAUGGGAAUUGCACAGAGCUAGCUGAAAAUAGGAUGAAUGAACUUAAAAGUGUUGAUUUAUCAGAUACUGUGAAAAAGACGUUAAGACUAUUGAAGAUCCUAAGCUUUACUUAACUCACCUUGGUGAGUUAUGUAUAAAAACUAUGCUUUAGAAUCCAAGCUGAUAUAAUUUAAUAGCUUUUAUUAAUGCAAUCAUUAGCUAAAAUAAAAAUGCUUGAUACAAGCAAACAUUUAUAUAAAAAAUUUUGGUUCGCUCAAGAAGGAUACUAAUUUUCAAAAGAAGGUUUUUGUUUUUAUAAGAGAGUAA